AUGCUGCUGACGUGGACGACCCACGUGGCCCGGGCGCUUAUGUGGGCAUCGUGUGGUAGUAUUAAAGACCGCUUCAAUCGCAUUUGCUUCAUCCACGACGUCUGCUACGAGGCCAGGAGCCCGGAGAAGGCCGCAGAACAGAAACGCCACUGUGAUGAUAGUUUUUGCGACUUGAUGAGCACCGCCGUCAGCCAUGCGCACUGGUGGCAGAAGCCGACCUGCUGGCUUGUUCAGAAGACUUUCUGCGCUGCCGUCAAGGCAAUCCCCUACGAUCGUCUCCCCUCGCUGGCCCACUACAUCAUGGAGCGCCGAAAAAUCAAGGCCAAACCUCUC